UUAGUAGUAGUACUUAAGUACGCAAAAAAGAAAGGUUUCCAGCCAUGCACAUUAGUACAUCUUGUCAUCUACAUGCAGAAGAUAUUGUUCUUAGUAUAGCAGAUAAACUCUAACUGUUUUCUGUACAAAAGUUGGUAAGUCUGAAGUACAGAUUAGGGGUCUUGAUGAUCACAUGUUGUAUGGUAUGUGCCUAUCUUAUCAAGCAGUGUUUGUCACACAGCCGUCUAUCAGUAGAGCAAACAGUGAUAGCUGCUUUGGGGUUGUCAUGUGUCUGAUUUGGAUGCUUCCAAACUUGCCCAAUUUCAAGAAUUUCCAUCAUUAUAUUUUGGACUACAACAAUGGACCAAUGUGCAAGGAAGAUUGCUGUUUAUAGAACUCCAAAGUUGGAAUAUGUGUGUAGAACCAAAGGACAACAAGACCCAGUAGAAGUCUUUGAGUCAUUCAAACAAUCGAUUGGAACAAGAUGUCAAAGUUCACUGUUGUUUACGGCCCUGAAGUAAAGGUGACAAUAAUAUUGAUUAUUAGGGGGCAUUGUUAGGUGACUGUUUCACGUUUCAGGUUCCAUUGUCAUUCAGUUCCUAUCGGAUCCAAAGAUGACUAUCAUCUACUGUAUGAUUUGAACUGUUGCACAGAAAAGUGUCCAGCUGCAUUUUGUAAUGCUUGUGUCAGAGGUUUGAGCAUGGAGCCAGGCAGCUAUGUCCGUGUUCUGUUUGACUUUGAGACCUACGAGCCAGGAGAGCUGUCUCUCCGGACGGGCGAUGUGGUCCGAGUGGUGCGACAGGUCAACCAGGACUGGCUGAAAGGGGAACUGGACAGCAUGUCAGGAAAUUUCCCAUGUAACUUUGUGGAACAAGUCCCUGUGCCUGCUGUCAGACCUGGACAGAGACUGGCGGUUGGAGUAGAAGACUUCCCUGCACAACAAGAAGGAGACUUGGACAUUAGAAAAGGGGACAUAAUUCUCAUCACAGAAGAUAUAGAUGGAAACUGGUACAGAGGGGAGUGUAGAAGCAAAACAGGCAUCUUCCCUUCUCUGUUCUGCAAAGACCUCCCUGCCCCCAGAUCUCAGGAAAGUGCCAUCACCGCAGAUAAGGCAGAAGGCGUCCUUGGGCAGGCAGAGGUCUUACAGGACCUGCAGGCUCAGCUGGAUGAAGAGUUAACUCUGUACCAAGGAGAUAUUGUCAAUAUCACCAGAGUAGUGGACCAGGACUGGUAUGAGGGGGAAAUAGCCGGCAGGACUGGAAUUUUCCCCUCAGCCUUUGUGAAACUUUUAACUCCACUAAAGGGACAGACACAGAGUAUAGUAGACAGUUUGCCCUCAGAUGAUUCAGAUUCUGAAUCUGAGGACGAGGAUGAAAUGCCAUGUGCCAGGGCAAUCUUCCCAUUCCAGGGUAAAGACAGUUCAGAACUAACAUUCAAGGAGGGUGACAAAAUCACACUGUUGAAUAGAUAUGAUGGAGACUGGAUAGAGGGCGAGCUUGAUGGAGAUAUAGGAAUCUUCCCGGCAACCUUUGUUGAGAUAAUCAUUGAUCUGCCUCGGUUUGAUGACGAGGGGAAUGAGAUUACCCAGGAUGCUCUGCAGGCAGGGCAUGCUGGGACAUCCCAAGAUCCGUUGCAAACUGGUGACACGAAGAGCCAGCAGGAAUCUGUUAGAAUGUCAGAAAGUGGGCAGCCUUCCGUUCAUGACCCCUAUGCAGGGCAGACAGCACGUGCCUUGUUCAGAUUCGAUGCUGCAGAAAGGACAGACCUCCCUCUGGAGGAGGGAGAAACAGUCACAAUCAUUAGCAAAGUAGAUUCAGACUGGUUUGAAGCAAGGAAGCCGACAGGUGACAGUGGGCUUGUACCUGUUGGCUAUCUGGAAGUGAUAAAACCAGGCAGUGAAACAGAAGGGAAGGACUUAAAUGACAAGUCACAGCAAGACACAAAUUCAGGGAAGUAUGCCAGGGCUUUGUUUGAGUUUGAACCCAGUGUAGAGGCAGAUAUCAGACUUGUCCCAGACCAACUAUACAAGAUCAUACGUGUGGUCGAUAAGGAUUGGAUGGAGGUUCAAGAUGAGGCUGGCCAGGCUGGAGUUUGCCCUGCGUCUUACUUACACAUCAUGGAUGGCAGUUAUAAGGAUUCUCAUACACCAGCGCCUUCUGAAACACAACCAGAAAUGGCAAGGACUGUGGAACACUCAAAGACCACUAUGGAAAAUAAGCCUCAAUUAAACAAACCUGACAAACCAGGGGUCAAGCCAAAACCUGACCUGAAACCUAAACCAUCAGGGAAGCCCACAGUCACAGCUGAAAAACCCUCAGGGGUGAAGGUGUUGGACCAAAAGCCUAUGCGAGCCACCGCUGCUGCUAGUCACGGCCCUUUUGCUGCUGUUCAGGCCAGCCUGGGGCCUUCCCGCAUGAGCCUGGACUCUGACACAUCAGGCUACAGCUCAGGGUACAGUCAGGAAGACCUGACAGGGCAGAGGCAGUCUGCCACACUGCCUGCCACUUGGAGGUCCAGACCUCGGCACACUUAUGACUCUUCUGUUGACACUCUUAUUAAUCUGAACCUCAUGCUCUUCUCAGCCCAGUACACUCCACAACCCCAGGAACCAGCCCCAGCCCCGGCCGCUGCCAUACCAUCCAGGAAAGCCCCUCCAAGACCACAGCAAGUACCACAGCCCCAGAGAAAGGUACCCCCACCCCGACCAGCUCAACCCAAGAGGCCCCCACCUCCUUCUCAGGCCAGAAAUAUCCAGAGGCCCCCCUCCCCACUUAUUCCCAGGCAGCGCAACACCAUAUGGUAUGUGGAACUCCCAGAAGGCCUGGCCAGCCCCUUGGUGCCCUCCUCCUCUGGUGCAGCUCCUGUCAGGCCUGCUCCCAGGAGAAAGGAUGGCACUGGACCUGUGCCAUCAAGGCCAAUGUCAUCUGUGGAACCACAGGGGUCAGCAGGAGGUCAAAGGCCAUCAGUCCCUCAGAGGCCACACAGCAUGGCAGUGCCUGGAAGGAAGGGGGCUGACCUGAUUGACCUUGGGCAGAGCUUUGAUGGGCAGGAUGCUGAGGAUGGGUUAGAGGUUGAUGAAGGCAUGAUACAGAGCCUACAGGAAAGGAUAGCACAGGUCGAGGCUGACCUGUUGGCAUACGAGAGCCAGAAACAGGAACUACAGGCUCAGCUGGCCUCGGCCCAGGGGUCAGAGGUCGAACAGGCUCAGGAAAACUUGGAAUUCUGCGAUUCCAACAUUGAGGGUCUGACAGCUGAGCUGAAUGAGUUGAGAGACAACCUGAAGUACAUCGCUCCGCCUCCUAGAGAACAGCCAGACGCUGGGGUUUCACUGGAGGAGAUCAGAAGGAAGAAAGCUGAGAAGAGGGAAAGGGUUGUCCAGGAGAUCAUCCAGACAGAGCGAGACUACGUGAGAGACCUGCACGUGAUCACCCAGGGCAUGCUGGUCCCCCUGCGUGAGGAGAAGCUCCAAACGGCGGAGAUGAACGUCCUGUUUGGUAACAUCGAGAAUGUCCAACAGCUGGCCCAGCGGUUCCUCCCUGCUCUGGAGCAGAGUGCAGAGGGGGUGGAUCCCGAGGAGCAGAAGCUCGGCGAGACGUUCCUCAGUUUUUCCCAGGACUUGGAGGAGACGUACAAGCUGUACUGUCGUAACCAUGACGACGCCCUCGCUCUCUUGGAGAAAUAUGAAGAGAUCGAAGAAAUCCAGGAGUCCAUCACGAGGUGCCUUGGGGCGAUGCCUGGAACUGCAGUCAGCAUGAGGAAUAAUAAUGCAACAUCAGAAGGUCAGGCACUGGACUCUGCCACUCUGGAUAAAGUGAAUCUGAAGGAGAAGUGGAGGAUGGCAGUGAUUGACCUGAGCUCCCUGCUCAUCAAACCCGUGCAGAGAGUGCUGAAGUAUCCGCUGCUGCUGAACGAGCUGCUGAGUACAACAGAAGACGACCACCAGGACAAGGCCAACAUCCUGGCAGCUGUCAACAGGAUGACUGAUGUCGCCACGGCGAUUAACGAGGACAAGAGAAGGAAAGACCUGGUCAUGAAGUACCGCAAGGUGGACGAUGAUGUCACGCUCAGCCAGAAAAUCUCCAAGAUCAGUUUUCAUUCCAUACGGAAGAAGGGUUCACGAUUCACAGGACGUUUGAUCCACAUGAUGGGCCAGUCGGAGCUCACCAUGGAUGAGAGGUUCAACGAAGCUGACAGGAAGUUCCACAACAUGGAGAAAACCACCAAGGUGUUCAUCAGGAAUGUCAGUGAGAACCUCAGGCAGAUGCAGGAGGGUUUUCAGGCACAGCUUUUGGUUGCUGAGGACAUCACAGACUUCUAUGCUGAGAAGGCCAACAGGCAGGAUAUAGAGAACUACAGGACAGCCUACAGAACUAUUGUCAGCACCCACCUGCCUAAAUAUAAAAGUUUUGUGGAAGAGCGAGUGGUGAGCCCCCUGACUGCGCUGGUGUUGAUGUACCAGGCUCCCAACAAGCUGAUCCAGAAGAGGUACGACAAGAUGCUAGACUACGACAAUAAGAGGAAGAACUCGGAGAAGGCCAAGGGUUCAGACAAGAGCAGGUCGGCUCAGGAGGACCUGAAGAUUGCUAAGAACACGUAUGAGGCCCUGAAUGCCCAGCUGCUUGAUGAGCUGCCCAAGUUACACACCAUGUCCACGGCCUUGCUGCAGGACUGUGUCAAGAACUUUGUCAUCGCUCACAGGAACAUCCAGGAUGCUGCACGCAAGGAGCUCUACGCUUUGUUACAGCUGCCCGCCCUCCUGUCGGAGGGGGAUGACAUCCUGGAGACGUUCCAGGCCAGACACAGCCAGGUUGUGGAGCAGCUGUCGGCGGUCAGUUUUGCUGGGCAGGGUCUUGGGACCAAGAGACCGGACAAGGGAGACAGAAAACAGAGCAGGAAGUCUGUGGCAGAACCAGCUCAGGAUCAGGGCGGAGGUCCCCAGACUGACACACAGAAAGCCCAGCUCCAAGCCCGGUACCCAGGCUCCCUGUAUAAGGCCAGUAAGCAGCACACACCUACCCAGCCCAUGGACCUAUGUAUUGCUGAAGGGGACCUGAUAGGGGUUAUCAAACAGCAGGACCCAAUGGGUGGACAGGACCGCUGGUUUGUUGACAAUGGGGAACAGAAAGGUUUGGUCCCAUCAAGUUGCCUGACUCCUGUGACAGAAACGCCACCUAGUGGCAGUGCAACUGCUGCACCUGACAUGGACCUACUCGGCCCGGAGCCAUCAGUGACACAGCCAUCUUACGACGCAAGUGCUGGGGACUAUGGGAGUGCCGGGGCAGACACGGAGGAAACAACAUACCAGUAUUAUGCGGAGUACGGAUUUUCUGCCCGUGCAGAGACAGAACUGACAAUCCAUGAGGGACAGGUUGUCACGGUUCUGCAACCCUAUGACUUGCAAGGAAAUCCUGAAUGGUGGUUGGUCCAACAUGAGGAGGGACAGGGAUAUGUACCCUCCAAUUAUCUCAACAGGAGGGAGGUUUGAAACAGAUUCUGUGCUGUGUGUGCAGGAGUAGAACUUUUUUGAUUGCUCCAAUCAUGGACUUCCCUUGUGAAUCAGACAUAGAACUUGCUUUUGAGCCCUUUUAGAAGGAAAGGGAACUCUCAUGAUUUAGUGCUACACACAUGCAUCCUUGAGUUAAGAUUAUGGCAAACCACUUCACAAAUGUACAAGUAUUGUCUAUAGAACAUUGUAGCAAAUGGACAAUAUGUUUUGCAGUGUACUAUGGCAGUGUACAUGUACUUCAGAACAACUGGGUCUUAAAGAAUAGUAAUGUGGCUUUGUAGUAUUGUGGUUGGUGUUUUGCUUCAUUCGAGACUUAGAUUCAUACCUGUGCACCUUCUAUCUGCUCCAAAUGUUGUUUAGUUGGUGGGGUAGUUACCAGUGGCCACAAGCUAGACCUGGGUGAACAGUGAACAUUCCUGUUUUUUUCUUCAUGUUCAGACAUUACGAUAUUAAAGAAUGGUUGUAACUUUGCCCUGUUGAAAGUAGAAAUUCUGUUAUUCAUGUGGAAAGAAAAGCAGCUGUCAAUGUUCAUAGUCUGAGUGUUAAGGUGGAUACUAUGGCAAUGUACAUGUAAUCAUGGCUGGAAGAUUUUUUUGCUAUUUGAGGAAAACUAAUUACAUACCAGCUAGUUUAUACUGUGGACUUUGGUGUCCAUCAAAUAGUUGGAUAAAAUUGUGUAGCAAUUUGUGAUGAGUAAUAUUUUUACUGCACAGUGUCAGGAUGAGAUGUAUAUUUUCAUGAUAAUCAGUGAAGAAUGCAAAAUGUACUCAGUGCAACAUUGUCUACAUACAUGUACAACAUGUAAAUGAAUAUGUAAGUGUGAAGCAAAGUAUUAUAUACUUUUUUUUAUAUCAGUUUCUACCAGGAAUUUGGCAAUGGUUAAUUUGUUCUAGGGACAUUUUUUUCUUCUCAAAUACGAGAACCUCAUAAUUUUCUCGUUCAUGUUGUGUUAGUUUCCAUGAUUGUUUUGUAUUGUAGCCGCCUAUUCAAGGUAUGUGACUGUAGAAAAGAUCAUCACUGCAGUUUCUUUAGAUCUCAUGUACUUUAUACUUAGUCGACAUGAGUUUGAGAACACUAACUUAAUUUUAUUUAAGAACUGUAUAUCAGUACUCAAGAGAUUGCACGGCCCCAGAGUUGGUUACAGCAGUUCUAUGAGUUUUCCUGUAUUGGGGAUGGUGGCAAAUUAAACUAGAUUUAACAUGGUGAAUAUCAUUUAGAUAUUUAGAAGUAGAUUUUUGAAAAAACAAAAUUCAGUUAAAGUGCAUCUGGUAACAUUUACUGUAUACUAAAUGAGCUGUUGGUUUGACAGUUUGAAGGAUAUUAUUUGUUACUUUGGACUUUCCUUGUUGUUUGUAUUUUGUGCUCACAUGAACUGAAUGUGUGCUUGUGUAUGUCUCAUGCCCGAGACUUUAUUGGGGAAAGUGUACAAAAUGCUACCAUCGAUGAUACAGAGUAAUGUCACAUUUAUUUGUGUUUAUAAAUAUAGCAAAAUUUAAUAGCGAAGUAAUGUUAGGAGAAUUGUAUAACAAUACCUUUGAUAGGAGGAGGGCAUUAAAAAGUGGAGGGGUGUGAGUUUGAAUAUAAUCAUUAUGUUAAUGAGUAUUGUUAAUUGGAUGAGAAAUGAUCCUCCUCUCCAGUGGAUACAAGUUAUGGUAACAAGCCACGUCAUUUUUGUUGUGCUGCAAGGUUUACAAUAGUCUUGUGGUGUAUUUGAGCUGUGUCAUAUGUGCAUUUCUAUUUUUCAUGGUUUGAUUUUUGUAUUCAUACGUGGAUCAGAAAUAACUGGCAGACCACUGUCAAAUACAUGUACUAGUUUUGCUUUGUGAUGUUUGUAUUGCAUUGCAAUUUGCCAAAUUAUUAGCGAAAAAUUAACUACUUCAAUUAUUUUGUCAAGACAUUGGUUUGACUGUGCAUCUUCAGUAUUUCUAAUAUGUCUGCAGUCCCCAAAUCCACUUUAGUUUGAAGAAAAACUCAUGUAAUAUACAUUGUAUGUAAAAGUAGGUCAAAACCACAGAAUGAUAUUAUUCUAUAAUUCUGAUCAUUUGUAAGAUUCAAUUGCUUUCGGUAAGAAAGACAUGAAGAAGAUGAAGUGUACUUAAGCUUUCAUCGAUUUUAAAGUGUACUUUAAAGUAUUUUCAUAUAUCAACUUAUAUGAUAAGCACAUAAAUGCCACACUGAAUCUGGUUACAUUGAUACGAAUAUAUUUGCAAGCCAGUGAGAGA